AUGGAGAACUAUAAGAAGACCAAAAUUGUGGAGAAACCUUGUCCUCUUCCUUUCACCAACCUGCCCCCUGAUAUUAUUGAAAUGAAAGUGAAGGACGGGAGCAAAAUCAGAAAUCUGAUGGGCUAUGCCAUCGGCAAGAUGGAGCUGGACUCGGUGAGGCAGAUUCUUUUCACUGGCUCGGGCAAGGCCGUCAGCAAGACCAUUACCUGUGUGGAAAUCAUGAAACGAAGGCUCAAAGAGCUGCACCAGAUCACCAAAGUGCUCUUCAAACAGAUCGAAGAGAUCUGGGAACCCAUCGUGCCCGAGGCAGGCCUCGAUGCCUUGACAGUGAAGAGAAACAUUCCUGCCAUAUGUGUCCUGCUCAGCAAAGACGCCCUCGAUCCUCAGGAGCCGGGAUACCAGGCUCCGGGCUCUUUUGACGCCUUCUGGAUCGAGACGCUUAAAGCGGAGUCUCAGGGCCAGAUGAAGAGGAAGCAGGGUGGAGGCCGGGGCGCCGGCAGCACGGGCAAGCACCCUCGGUCCGCUGGAGGAGGGCCUGGGGAAUCCUGCGCCAAGUCCUGA